UAUGCUAUAGAUAACAUCUGCUAAUUCAGUCUUAAGUUUGUUGCUAUGAUCAUAACAUUCCUAUUGGGAGAUAGAGAGCUUUUUCAUCUUAAUCAAGGCCUUGCUUCCAGUUUUGUGUAGUCUAUUUUUUAAAAGUGCAGUGAAAUUUUAAUGUUUAGAGUUGUGCAUUUAUCUUACACAAGUGAAAAUGUAUGCCUGUAGGUCCCGUAGGAUUAACAUCUUUCUCUAUAUGCUAGUUUGAAGUUACUUGCCAAAGUAAUGGAUUGAGAACAGAUGCGAGAUACUAAAGCUCAAGAACGUUGUGAACAGCCCAUGGAAAUUAGGAAGUGGACAUGGAUCAAAUAGAAACACAUUGGGAGAAAUGUUGUAGAUCCAAAACCAAAGUUUAACUGCAGAUGACAAGGUGUGAACACAGUUUGUGUUUCAUCUCUCCAAUACUGUAGUAGGGGGACUGAGGACAAUACUAAGUAGUUAUUCUUUCCCCUCAUCUCAUUUGAAAAACCAAAAAAACAAACUGUAAUGUUGCUUUUCUAUUUUUCUCUUUUUUUCUUAUGCACAUUUUUUAAUCUUUGUAUUCCCCUUGGCUUGCCUUUCGAGUGACAGGAAGUAGUCUACAAGAAUUUAGGAGAAUUUCUCAAGAAAGAACUUUAAAGUGCAAAUAGGAUUAUAUUCUUGUCCAAAAAGCUGAUUGUUGAUGCAUGAUGAAUUAGACUGGUAACAACAUCAUUUUAACUUGAUUAAAACAUCAGUUUCUUAUGUCUAUCACAAUUAUAUUGGUAUUUCCUGUUUAUGAAUCAUCAUGUUUAAAUUUCAGACUGUUUUAAUGUUAUCGAUAUUAUAAUGAGUAGCAUGUAAUUUUUUUGGUUCCUUUCCAGGUAAAUAUUGUAAUAUUUAUUUCAAAGCAUCUUUACAACCUUGAUUAAAUAUGCAUGUUUGUGACUGUGGUAUUAGAGAAUGUACUAUUAGCAAAAAAUGCUCUACCUAACUCUAUUAUCGUGGAAUAGUAUUGUGAUUACUUAUAGUUGCUAAUUUUGACAAAGUAUUUUGACAGAUUUUGAAAAUAAAUGGCCUUAGCUUUCAGUGGGCUUGCAGAAACUUUCAAAAUACUUUUAAGACAUAUUUACCUAGAGCUGAAAAUAACAUAAGUCACAUGUAUUUCAUCAGUUGCUGUUUUAAAAAGGUUUAUUUGAGUGUAAAGUAACUAACAGUUCUGAAUAUACUGUGCAUGAACUGUGUAAUAUACUUUAAUAAGCAGAAGCUACUGAAUCUAGAUGGUCCGUUAAGCUUGCUAAAUGACUCUGGAGGAUUAUGUAUUUAUUAAGACCGUAACCUGUUGAUGCAGACAUUAAGACUUGGCGGGUCUAACUGGGACUUAAGUCCUGUUGCACAAGACUAAGUAUUUGUAUAUCCCCUGUUAAUGCAUUAGAGAACUGCAUUUAUACUCACAACAGAACUGUAUUUUUGAAGUAAAAAUAUCCCAUGUUAUCUAUGAGGUUCCAACACUUGCCUUCAGUGUUUCAGGAAGUUUGUGAUCAAACAGGGAGUUCACGCUGGAGCUCUAAAUCUGAGUCUUAACACCCAAACCACUGAGCCCUAGCUCAUGAUGGCAGAAGUGGUCAUAAUAGAACUCAUUGUUAUGUCAAAAAACAGUUUUGGUGAUUUCUGUAUCUCUUUUUACUAGAAUAACGAAGAAAAAGAAUAUGACAUAGCAGGGAAGGACAAUAUUAAGAGAGAAGAAAUGUUAGCUAACAGUAAGCAACGUCACCUGUUUGUUACGCAUCCUGUAACCCAGAAAAACAAAAAAGUACACAAAGUAGGUUCAACCACGUUCUUGUUUGGAAAGACACCCAAAGAAGUUCGCAGGAGACAAUUUGAGGAAAUGGUAUCCCACUUUAACAUGGGAUCAGUAGAAGAACUUGCAAAAUAUAUUGCGGAAGUUACAUCAGAGACACGGCAGAAAAUGUUGAAGGAAUUUUAUACUUCCACAUAUCCAGAGACAGAGUCUUUCUUUGCAGUUGAAAUACCAGCACGUGUUUCACGUGACUAUGAGGAAGGAGAAUUGUGUACAAGACGUUCCAGAAAAAGAAAAUCCGUUGUUAAUUUUGGAAGAUCUAAGUCUAGACCUUCAUCAGCUAAGGGUUAUCUUCGGAGUGGAACAACAGACGUAUGCAGCCAGCAAAGAUAUAAAGGAGAAGUAGAGCAACUUCACAGUGACUCCUGCAUACAAGAUAAUAUGUGUGUUGAUGCAAAAUGUAAACAAUCACUCACUGUUCCUACUCAACACGUCAGAAGGGGAAGCAGUCAGGCAUUGAAGGAUUUUAUGGCAUCUGGCUCAUUAAGCCGUAGAUCAGAAAUAAUUGAAGUGCUGUCUGUUAAUAGCUGUAAAGGACAACAGGACUCGGAAGGAACACAGCCGCCAAGAGAAAGAUCCCUGUCUCAGUCAGAAAACGGGGAGAGGAAAGCUCAGACUUGUAAAAAAAACUCUUUUAUGGACUUACUUGGAGAUACCUCUAUUCUCAAUGAUCUCUUCAGAAAUGAUGGAAAUGGGCCUGCAGAAUCACCAAGGAGACUUCCUUCAGGGCAAGCAGAAAAAUCAAAAGAGAGACCAAAAGACUUCUGGGACAUGCUGAACGAGCAGAACGAGGACAGCCUCAGAAAGCUCACAGACAUGGCAGUUGUAGAGAAGCUGUGUGAAAGAGCACCUCUUUCCUCAGUGACAGAAAAGAGUAAAGUGUGUGAAAGUUCUCUUUGGAAAAAAAAUGAAAACUUUCUGUGGAAAAAAUACAGUCCAGAUGAUUAAGAUGAGUCAUCCACUGCUACAUUUUGCAAUGUAGUAAAAUGAAGGCUUUCUACAUGAGUUGCACUGUGAUUGUUUUAGGUAAACAAACAUUAUAUAUGUUCAACUGAAACUAUAUGCAGCAAAAAACAAUACCUCCAUGAAAUUAAAGGCAAAGUGAUUAAUUUAUAUUUAUGAUGCCACUGAUUUACAUUUUACAUUGGCUGUACAGUGUACUACUGUAAGAUAAACCUUCUUCCGUUUAGAGAGGUGAACUGAUGCCGCUUAGCCCAGAAAAGAUAAGAUUUGGUGGAAGAAAGAAUGUGGCCUUCAAAUGCAUGAAAGGCUCCUGCUGCAAAGAGAAAAGGAAUAGUGCCUUCAUAAGCACAGCAAACAGACAGGAGGGAAGCGGGAGUUAAGUGAGGGCUAAAGAAGAUUACAGUCACCCAAUAGCUUGGUUUGCAUGAGAUGAGAUGGGAGCCACUGUGCAGCUGUGGCCUCUUCUCAGCCACACUUUAAGACUUUAAAUUAAAAUCAAAAAGAAAAGGAAUUCUGUUACCAGAAAGUGGGUUAUUCCCAUGUGGAUCGUCAUCAGCGUUUGGAGUCACAAUUUCUAUUUGACUGAAUGGAAUGGCUAACAGCAAUAAGUAGUAGUGCCACAGCAGCUCCUGGGGGCCAGGAUGAGACACUGCGUGAAAAGCCCCAAACGGCUCGAUACUCUUUUGUAAUGAGGCGGAUGCUCAGCUGGUCUGGGGGAAGGUUGUGCACCCAGCCUGAACAUGGAGGGGCUGUGUGCGGUUAAGAUCUUCUUCCCUGUAAGUGGAAUAUUCAGAAAAUAAUCGCACUACUCUCUAGGAAGCUUACAGGGAGCGUGGACAAAAUGCAUUUUUCAGAGCUUUAUUACUUGGCCAAAAUUUGGCAGGUUUUCAAAAGGCUAGUACAAGACAUAGCUCUGACAGAGUCUCAUCACUUACAGCAAGGUAACCCUUUUCCCACCCUCGAUAUCUCUCCCAGAGCAUGCAGACACAAUAGCUGCUCGAUAGAAUGGUUGAAAGAAAAACAUAGGAAAAAUGAGAUUGUUCUCCUUUAACCCCAUAUUCAGAACAGCUGUACUAUUUUAGUUGAAACUUACCAGAAAAAUUCAGCCUGACACAGACACCCAGCAUGGAAAAUUUCAGCUUGAGCACUUAGUUUGGCAUAGUUAUAAACAACUGAAAGCAGAGUCCUGUAGUGGAAAGUGUUAAGCAAACUUAACUAUUGGUGGAAGUGUCAACAGUGCUUAUAAUACAUGUAUAAAUGUAUGCUUCUGUGCGUAAACAGAUAUUUGGUGUCCUAGGAGUAGAUAUCAGCGGUUGAUUUGGAUCAUGCUAUUACUGAUUAGUGACAAAGCAAUGAAUGAGAUACAGCAGUCUGUAGAUGCCAUUGCUUGCUCAUUUUGAGUACUGCUGGGACAGUACAGCAGAUUUGCUGCAGUUCUGAUGCGUGAGAAGGCCUUACCUGUCAAUAACCGUGAAGCUACUUCUUUCAGACCAGCACAAAGGAAAUAAUUAAGGAGAGCUGAGCAGGCAUUUGGCCGGUGUAACAGUGGCUAAGUGAACUUGUUUGCUGCAACUCUGAAGAAUUAACCUCUGAAGGUGGUUUUGUAGCAACAAAGUAACAGCUGUGGAAAAGUCUGCAUGUAGUGUAUUCUCACCAGCCAUACAGCACAGUUCCUACGCUUGGGAGAGGAAAGGAUGUGAGUUUUAUAUAUGCAAUAAACUUAUCAGUCUGUUUUACUUCACUGAAUUACACUGGGAAAUAUUUAAAACACUUACUGAUUUUAGCUUAAUUAAACGAGGGGUAACAGAACCAACAGUGUUCUUUAAAAAAUUAUGGGGACAGCUUCUCCUCAUCUCCCUGUGCAGCAAAAAUAAUUAUUAUGUUUGCAUCAGCAGUUUCUCCUCUUGAAAGUUGCGUUUAGGUGGUAUAGGCUUUCUGUGAUUUCUCUUUUGCAUGGUAUGUACAUACUGCAGUAAUCCAUUUUUUCAUCAGCUUGUUGCUAACAAUGAGCCACCUAAGCUCUGAAAACCUCCCUCUGCUGUUAGUUGUAGAAGAAUGCUUAAAGGAUUUAGGGAUGUCAGUCAUCAUCUUGUUUUUAGCAGGAGUGUGUGUAUGUGUGUGGGGGGGGAGGGGCGAAAGAGAGCACGAGCUGGAGUUCAGAAAUUACACUGUGUGUGUGGUCUGAGGUUAUUUCUCAUUUCAUGAAAUGCGUGCUUCAUUCUUGGCUCGGGCAAGACUUGCACGUCACUGAAUAAGUCCCUUAUCCACUUUCCAAAACACUGAAGAGAAUUGAAAGGGCUCUGUGGGUGGACUGCUACUAUCAGCAAAAGCAAAUAAGCUAACUUAUUUAGCUAAGCAUUUUUUAAUACUUAAACAUAGUAAUCUUCAGCAAUACUUGAACAGUUGUGGCCAGCCGUCGGAAGAGAAAGGAAAAAAAACUCUUGAGGUUUAAGUUGCCACACCUUAAUUAACAUUAAAGGCCAGAUUAUAGUUUUUGGUGUGUGAAGGUGCUGUCUGAUCAGUCCGGGGAGAACCCUGGGGAAUGAUUAAAUGACCUGACUGUACUGCUAGAAGUCCCCUGUGGUGUGCUGGUGGUAGUUUGUUCAGGAUUUCACCUUCCUUUAAUCAAAAUGUGGUACAAACUCAUUACAGUCUCCCCCAAAAAGAUGAAACCAAAGACUCCUUGUAUCAAGCUGUUUUGAUGUCCACAUAAGUAAAUGGUGCUACCCUGAAAAACCAUGCGAGUCCAGCAGCAAAGAGCCAUUGUAGCUAAUACUAGCUCUGUGCUAAUCUCAGCACCCAAAAUAAAUUACGGUUUGUUUCACGGCAGCAAAAAAAAAUAAAUAAAUAACUAAAUAAAUAAACCCUGAACACAGUCAGGAUGCUAAUGAACCCGACCAGCAACUGCAGGUGGCUGAAACCCAAAUGGCAGGAUGGCACCAGGGAGCCUUACAAAAUGUUAGUAUUCAGCUAAUUGGAAAUGAUUUGGCCAGAAGAGAGUUGAAUACUCCAAAUUCUGUUUUCAAUCCAGCAGAGUAUCACUAAUCUUGAUAGUUUUACUCUAAAUGAACAAUGUGGCUCAUACCACAACUGCCUGAUCCAUGUGUUUACAGGAUUAGCUUUGUUAUUCCUCUGAGCUAAACCGAUGUGGAAGAACCUCUUUCAAGGUGAAUGUCACACAGCAAUUUUAGAGCUUGCAUGGUCAGAAUCUGAAAGGCUGUGCAGGGCAAAGCACAGUAGUGUAGAUUUGAUCAAGGCAUACUCUGACAGGUACAUAGCAAUGAUCUUGCACUGGGUAGCAUGGGACAGACUUUUAUUUCUCAAGGGGGUAAUAGAGUGCGGGGAUGAAGGCCUUCGCCCAAGGAGGGAGGUUCUGUCUCAUGCUGUGAACGUUUCAUUGUGUCACAAGAGAGGAAACAGUUGCAUUGCCAUUGGUGGGAUUUUGUUUAGGUCUUUGCCUUCCUCAGAUACCUUUCACCUGCCAGUGCUAAAACUAAAACUUUGCCUUUUAGGAGGCACUGUUACUCUUUGCUAAGAGAACUGAAGUGGUUGCUGGCAGCCUCCAUCCGAGUCCCAGUGUGUUACUGGUUGGACAAGCCUCUCCCAAAGGUUUCACAGUCUGAGUAAACACUGGAGAAAUGAAUGCUGUCAGCAGGGUGUUGAAGCACAAGGGAGAAGGCGAAAUGUGUUUGAUGUUUUUUGCUUCCUUCGUUAUGUGAGCAAUUCCUACUUGCCCUUGCAGGCUGAAAACUGAUGAUUUGCCAAAGCAAUGUCACAUAUUGUCUUCACAAGAUGUACAGAGCCAGAAAGAACGGGCAGCGCUUGUGCAUUUCUUAUCCAUGUCCACAGCCUGGUGCUGGAGACCUCCUCCAUCACAUCUUGCAAUGUAGGAAAAACGGGAUGGGCUCAGCCUUCCCUUUGAUGUCAGAUCUGUAUCUGUCCCUAGUUAUCUUCUACAUGGGGGGAGACUGAGGCAUAAGGCAGUUACACAACACGUGCAAAAAGUCUGUGCAAAAAGAGCCAUGUUGCCAAAGGCCUGAACUACAAGACGAUUCUUCCUUUCCUUAGGUUCACUGGCAUCCUGUGGCAGAUCCUCUUAGGUUUGUUGACAAACCUGCUCAAACGGUGAGCACUGGAGGAGCUGUGAAAUGAAGCACUUCAUGCAGUUGUGGAUGGUGCUAGACUACAACUGAAGAGAUGAAAUUGCAAUGAAACCGCUUACAUAUCAAAGAAACAGACCUGCUAAUUAAAAGGAUAAUAUUUCCUGGCACCUAGACAAAAUAGACAAAGCUGAAUCUUGAGGCCUUCCUCAAGCAAACUUCUGUGGGAAUGUGGCUGCAUGAGAACUGCAGGAGCAAGCCUUAGAGUAAGACCUGCUCAAAAGGAAAGCGUUAGGUCAGUGCACGAUCUAGAAAAAAAUGUAUUCCUGAAAAAUAAAAUUACAUAUAUACAUGCUUUGUUUGCCAGAGUUCUCAUUACUUUGCGUUCCCAUUGAACUGUACGUUGAGGCUCUUUUAUGUCAUUAAUUGUAGUAAUUAAUCUUCUCAUCACGUCUAUGAGGCAGGAGAUGUUUCUGCUGGGUCAGCUGAGCAUUGCAAGUAUUACAGUAUCUAUUUUACAGAUGGUAAAACCAAAACACAGAAGUUCAGAGAAAGCAAAUCAAUGCCAGAGUAGGGUAGAGCUCCACUCCCUCCUCUAACCACAAGACAUGCUGUCUCUCCUAAGUGUAGGCUAAUUUCAAACAUACUUCUUAAAUGAGUAGAUCCUCCCUAUACGAAUAAGGGCAAUAUGUCUAUUUCAGUGAGUACUCUCUACUUCUAACAUCUAAGGCCCUACUUAAAGAAUUUAGAUCCAUGAUAAAGGUAACGUUAUGGCAUGUUUCUUAUGUUGCUACUAUACUUGCAGGACAAUUCAAUUUGAAUGCAGCACGCAGCCCUUGGACAGCUGGAAGAAGUUUUAAGUGUUAAUAAUUUGGGUAAAAGUUGGUUCUACAGUAGCAUUAUGAUUUAGGUCACUGUAACUGUUUUCUGAUACUCUGCUGGCCUCUAGAGGGAUAACUUAUAUAUGGGCUGAAGCAUUAACCCAGUGAGUUUAAGCACUGCAGCAGGCUCUUGGAUCUUUCUUGCCAGGCAAGUCUUUUCUGUCUGCAGCGCUUUUAAGGAGUGAGGCUUUGUAGCUCUUUGGAAACACUUUUCUUCAGUUCCCUAAUUUUCCUUCUGUCUGGGCAACAGAUUCAAAGUAUUUUACUUCUGCCUGAAGAAAUAAGGGUAGAAGAUCCUGGCAAUAAACACCUCUGAACCACUGAAGUGAGAAGCUCUGAGGAAAAGGUGCCAGAGGGGUGAGUGAGAGAGAGGUGCAUAAAAGAGAAUACUGUAUUUUAUGUGUAAUAUUUAUUCAUACUUUAAAAGCUCCUAAAUGCUGAGACAUCUUUUCAUGAAUCCUGUCAUGCCCAGCAAAAACACAGCUACACUCUGAAAAAGGGCCAUGGCUUUGAACCCCUGGAAAGCAGCAAAUCUCCCUUGGCUUUCUCCAUUUCUGCUCUUCUACUUGCUGCAGAAUUUUACUGUGUUCCCUACUUCAUUCCCAGGUUCCACCUUUGUAUUUUCUUCAGAGUAAAUGUAUUAAAUCUUUAAAAAAAAAAAAAAACAACAACUAUUUGCUGCCCAGAGCAGAUAAUGGGUUAUAAGCAGUAGCUGCUUGCAGGGUACUUUGUCGCUUUGUUCAGCGUUAAGCAGGCAUUUUCCUAAUACUUCAGUGUAACUUUCUGUAAGUUCACAGCAUAGGUGUAGACAUCUUGGUACCUCUGCAUAAAGGCCUGAGUUAUUCACCAAAUUCAUCCUUUCUCUUUACCUACAACCAACAGCAUACACCGUCCAGUUCCCCAGCUCCCUCCUAGCCCAUUGCCUCUGCUCAUGAUAGCCAGUUCGCUGCUAGUCUCUCUUGUCUCCUGAUACCUCCAUUACCACUCUGUUGGCAGUUUACCAUUUGCAGUGAAGUUCAUUUGCUGGACCCCAACCCAAACUUACUGCAAUUCCUUUGUGCUUACUAAUAUGAUAAUCAUAGAAUAGGCUUAUAUUAGUUUCUCCCUUUCUCUUUGAAGUGACUAUCAGGAGCUUUCAGUGUAGGGUGCCUACACUUUCUCUAGUGCCUCAUCUAGAGACUAUCCUGAUGUCAAAUGCUGUCUUUCCAUUUAAGGUGUCAUACCCAUUGACCAAACUCUCACACAAAGUCCAUUGCACCAUUUAAACAUGUAUAGGAAAUGUUACUGGUUGCAACAAAAAGCCAAGUAAGGCCUCUGCGGAAGGGUACAUAUCUGUCACAGGAUUUGCUUCUGUUGAGCUUUAUUCUAGUAAAACACUAAAUGAUGUCAAAUACUGAAAUAAUCAAGAUCCCCAGCUGGAGUCUAAUGAGCAAAACUCAGUUUGACUUCAGGAGAACAGGACUUGUGUGGAAAAACAGAAGAUCCUACACCAUUCCAGCAUGCCUGCCUACUAUGCAAAGAUUUCCCUUAAUUCCUUCCCUGUGCAGUUAUUCUACUGAUACUUCAUCAAAAUACCAGGACCUGAGCUUUAUGUUAUUCAUCAAAAUUUACGUAUACUCUUCAGGAUAUACAGGCAGCUGUAAGGUUAAAAGACAGCAGUAUAGUAAAGUAACAUAUAAACAUUUGAUGAGACCUAUUAAAAUUAUUUGAACAACUACAUGUGCUCGCUUGUGUGUCUCCCUUUAGAAGCCAGACAAGGUAGCUUGUAUAAAGCUAAUUUUCAUGAGGUUGUGUAUAGUUACUAAAUACAGUUAAUGACGAUUCUAAUGAAUCCAUGUAGUUUCCAUGUAUUGUUACUAAUAAAUAUGUCUCUAAAUGGAGUGUGGAUGAAACAAAGGAAAUUCUAACUAUUUGUUUCAAUUAGGAAAAUCAAUAGAGCUUUGUAGACCUGCGGAGUUUUGAUAUUGUUUUGUGGGUUCGGUUAGUGUGCGAAAGGAAGCAAACCAAAAAGCCGCUAUUGGUUUGGCCCCAAAACGUGCACUAGAAAUUACUAGAUUAAGAGAUGGUAACUGAAGAGGCCAGUGUACUGCAGCAGCGACAUGUCAUCUGUGCAACAAAUAACUGAGGUCAAAGAGAAGGCACAAAGACCACAUUCAAAGACUGUGUCCUUUUGUUGUGGGAAAUAUUCUCACGAUGCAAACGCUUAUUUGUUCAAAGAAACCUUGUAGAAACUUCUAGAGACUGGGACAAACUCAAAAAAUAUGCAGGUCAGUGCAAGUCUUUCAGGAAGACUAUACCAGGGGAUUUUGGAUUCAUCAACUUGCAGGUAACAACACAGAACCCACUAAAAAUGUUGCCCUUCUGCAGCUGCUACAAUUAGACAGCAAUAAUCACCAUGUUAUUAAAUGGGAGUUAAAAUAGGGCUUGGUACAACUCUGUGGCUCCUCUAACUUCAUAACCAGAUUAUCAAAGACAACCUAGGGGGAUGAACUCGCAAAAAAAUUGUCAUGCUAUGAACAAUUUAUAUAGGGGAAAUCCUUCUCUCUCUCCUGGGUAUUGUUACAUUUAAGUUCACAUGUAGCUGUAAAAAGCUUACGCUAAAACUCUGUGUUGUGAAGCACAGGAGUGCUGCAUUCUUUGGCAGAGAGUAGCAAAAGGAUAUUCAACUGAUCUGCUGCAUUGUAUGGCAUAUCCAGACCACUUACUAUGGAGCCUAAAUUAGGUGCUGAAUCUCUUUAUCUUCCCCAGAGCUUUGGUUUGAAUCACUCAUUAUUCCCUUGAAUUUAGAUGCUGUAACAGGCGUGCAGCGCCACUGAAUAUGGCCCAGAAUGCUUAUGGGCUUAGGAAAAGAAUUCUUGCCUGAAUGAAAAUGUAGCUUUGGUUUCAGGCAUGUCAGAGCUGGAUCAAAACUUUUGCAAAGGCCAUGGCUUCUGAAAAGGUUUCAUCUUUGCCUACAAGGUGCACCAGGCUUUUUCCUAUAUGGUAAGAGCAUACUGUGUGCUGGAAAGUCAAUCCUCUCUUUGCAUUUACAUCAGCAGAAUGUAACUAUGCUCAUGCUGACAGAGGAACUUAGCGGCUCGUCUGGGAAGGAUAUAUGAAUACUGAGUAGGAAAUUAUUUUCUCCCAUUGCAAAUAACAAACUUUUAAGUCUUGUUCUAGAAAUGAGAACUACAGAGAAGUGUGAUCAUUUACAGCACUCACUGUUAUGAUUCAAGCAGUCAACAAUUGAUUUCAAUCUGUCAAUCAACUUGCAGAUAUCAAAUGCUUGCUGUUCUCAUCAGUGGAAGCAGGAGGUAGCAAGAAAGAAGUGAGCCUGAAAGCCAUUUUACAGCAUAUUUCAGCCAUUUACAGCAUAUUUCACAGCAGGAUAUGGUGGUGCAAGAUUUGGUAUGACCCCACACUGGCUGAAAUGUGGUAUAUUAUGACAAAUGGGUUGGUUCAUGUACACAAACAACUCUUUCUAGCCUUUCUUAGUUGAAAAGAAGUUAGAAUGUCUAAUUUAACUAUUAGGUGAUUGUUCCAGUGAAACGCAAGUCUUCUGUAUUUCAAGCAACAGACCAACAUCUGGUAAAUGAUGCUGAACCAAAAGUCUUUGAAAAGAGUAGUCAGAUAUUCAUACACAGCUAACGGGGAAACGAUGUGUUAACCGUAAUGUCUCUGUAACCUUUAAAGGUUAAUAAAUUAGAGAAUUUAAAGCCAGAAGGGACCGCUACCUUCUUUCACAACCACAGAAUUUCAUUUGCUUGCCCUUUUUUGUAUUAGGGCACUAAGUGUGCACAAAAUAUGGGAACUUUAAACAGUUUGUGAGAUAGGAGCUUUCACUGUAUUUCAUAUUUCCAAAACUGGCUAGAGCAACAUAUGCAUUGGAUAGGCUUCAGAUGUUCAUUAUAAUUAGCAAAUGUAAGUAUCUGAAAGCUAACUGUGCCUCUACGAUCUCUCCGUAUUAUUUUACUGUGUCAAGAACACAAGAUACAAGGGCUACCAUUCCAUGGUCCAUUCUGCAUCCCUCUGCACACACUGUGAUGAACAAGAAAACUGGUUUCCAGUAGACCAGUUGAAACGUUUGCCUGGAAACAGUGAUACAGGGAUGCAUACCGGACUUACAUUUUCCAUACCCCAUCGCACUCCCUGCUUUGGUUUGAAAUUGCUGAAUAGGAGUUCACCUUUCGUGACUGGGAUUUAAGAAAUGCCCCAAGAAACGGAAGACACUCAUUGGAAUAAUAGGAGAAAACAACUACUUUCAAUUUGCAGGGGGGACUGCUUCUGGUGACAGUCUGAGGGGGUCUGUUCUGCACACUGAAUGCAGUAGCAGAGGAGACAGGACUGUUUAAUGAAGGACAUGGUUAUCUUUUUCUAGCCUUCAUUCUGAGGAAACUGGAAAGUAUUUACUGAGCAAAGCAGAGCAGGGGUGGUGGAAUGCUGCCACUGACAACUGAACUCUUUUUCUCUCUCUCUCUCUCUCUCUCUCUCACUCACAUAUACGCAUUUAAUGUGCCACACAUCACCAAGAAUUUGACAGGUAAUCAUUUGCUGUACGCUGGGGUCUCACUUGCAGAACUGUAGAGCACUUGCAGUAGCCACAGAAGUCAAGAGGAGUGGUGUCUGGAAAAUGCAAUGUGCUUGCUAAUGCUAAAAAGUCUGAAAAAAUCAAAUGCUAGCAGCCUCAAAUUAGACACCCUUGGAAAUUAAUCUCUCUGUGCUUCAGUUCCCAUCUGUUAUAAUAUUCCCUUGCUUCAGAGUCUUGUUAUAAAUGCAGUCAUGCCUGUGAAGCAGUCAAGUAUUACAGUAUAACUGAGAGUGGUGAGCAACUUAGCAAUUUUAUAUUCAAAGUUGGGUUAUGCAAAAGAACAGAGGGAAUGGGACAAAAUGAUGACUAGCAAGUCACUCUGUAAAACCUCGCCAUACCCUGAGGCAAAAGCAAGCAAACCCAAGGCAGAUUUUUAUGGGCAACAGAAGUUCUGAUGUUCUUCACUUUAAAGAACUGACUUUGCAACUUCAUUGUGUAUUUUUAGCUCUACAUGUGUGCACCACACAUGCAAAAUACUGCCAUUCCUAAUAGCCCUGCUUUUCAGGAUCCUUAUAGGCCUAACCGUAAUUGGAGGCUCCUAAAAUACUCCUUAUAUUCCUACCCUUCUGCUUCACUAGAAAAAAUGUUUUUGUGUUUUCUAAAUCAUUUCAUCUUUAUGUCUGUAAAUCUCAGAAAUAAGUAAUUUUUAAUCCACGAGCACACCCUUGCUCCCUCCAAAAAUCGAGAGCUUUGUAUUCUAUAGCACUGUCCUGUCUUUAUCUCAUUUGGUUCUCAGUUCUUUAAGCAGUUGUUUACAGAUCUAGCUGACAAUUAUUUAUCUUCCCUUUGUUUUUUACCUUCCUCACUCCUUCCCCUAUUCUUCUUCUUUCUGAGGAUGUUCUUUCUUGUAUUUCAAUUAAAUGAUUUCUCUGUGUAAUACUGGCAAUCACAGCUUCGGAAGACAGAAGAACUGCAUCAUAUUAUGCACAAAAAUCUUACAUUCUUUUCCUAAUACGCUAUGAGAUGUUUUCUCAUCUGUUUUUGUAAAUGUUACUUAAAUUUGAAGUAUUUCUAACUUAAGGUUUUUCAUAUACCACAGACCUUUUCUUCUACCGGUAAAGGAAAGCCAUAAAUAUUUAAAGGCUGGCAUUCUGUAUUUUCCUUACUUCAAAGGUGCUUUUAUGAUCUUACUGGAAUUUCCCUUCCUGAGAAUAUAUUCAUCAAAACUGUCAUUAAAUGUAAUCAUCAUUUGAAGACCAAAAGGUUGACUAGAUACAAUAUACGUUUGCAGUCAACGUAGGAACAUGGCUGAAAUAUCGCUCUUCUGGAUGUAAGCCCUGGCUAUGUUUCCCUUCCAAUCACUAUCCAUAUAACAAAAGGAAUGAUGGACUGGUUUGCAACAAAGCCAACAAAGAUCUGUCUCAUGCAUGCUCCUUAUCUGAUGUGCUAUGCUUCUUUUUGCUCCUGCUCUAGGUCAUAGAGACCAAACAUCAUGUCCUUGGGUGAAACAGGAGACAAGGGGACUGCUGAGUUCUCCAGGAUUUGCAGCUUCCAGAUGUUUUUACAUAACUGUUCAAAAUUGAGAUAUUGGUGAAUGGCUUUCAUUUUGUUUUUCUACAGCACUCUCUCUUGCUCCUGUGCCCCUCCUUUAUUUAUGUGGUAUUUGAGAUGGUUUAAGGUACGGGCCUAUAUUGUCUAUCCAUUUUUAUUGUGGCUCUGGAUCUAAUCAGUGCUGCUAGUGAUUGAGUGAACAUCUCUGUCUAGUAGCUUUUUACAAGCUUCUUUAUGCUUUCUAAGUAGUUUUGUCUUUGGCAAAAUUGUUUGACGCUGCUGGAUUGAAUGAAACAAAAAUCGUCAAAUUAAUUUCUGAACUCUACUAAUGGAAAGGUGUAAUGUGGAAAAAAUAAAUCAUUACUUUGAAAAGACUCCUAUGUUGUGUCUCAUAAAACAGCCCUCAGAUGUUCUUCAGUUUGAUGAAAUGUAUUUAUUUUUAUUACUCUUCCUAAUAUCUAAUAAUGAAACUUUCUAUUUAUAUGUAGUGCUUCAUCUUUAAAGUGCCUUGAAGACAUUUGUUAUCUGAACAUCUGCAGGACUGGAUGUCCUUCCAUUCAAAGUCUCUCCCACUACUGGACGAGGCAAUCUGAUGUCUUAAAUGAUUCCAGCGGAACUUUACCGGAUGCCAGACUCCCGUGGACAAUGAUUUUGCUUCAGCUUUAACCUCAUCUCCUAUUGGCUCAAAGGUUUACAGCGUAUUUUUAAGCAUUCUUGGCUGUAGAUUCAAAUGUGCUAUAGUAAAAUAAUAUAAUUCUAAAAACAGAAUUGUAUUCUUUUAACUGGGGCUUUCUGAAUACAGGUUACUUGGUACCUUUAAUCUCAGAAUCAUGUAAAAAUCAAGUGCAAAAAAAGUACAUAAAGGCAUACCAUCCCUGUUGGGUUUAUUUACAA